UCUUCCGAAAUUAUAGAAAUUCGGCCUGUGUUCUUGCUCUCUUCUUCCUAUCAUUGGUUGAAGCUCAGAGGAAGAGGAAGAAGAAGAAGAAAGGAAAGCCUCGAGAAUGGCUACGUGCAACAUGGCAUCUGCAGCCACUGGGUUCGUCCUGGGCUCGAGUCUCGCCUCCUCAUCCACCUCAUCUCGGCCCUCCCUGUUCUUCUCCACCAAGAAGAACCCGGCUAGCCGUGGAAGGUUGGUGGUGGUCAGGGCUGAAGAGGGAGAGGCGGCCCCCGCAGCAGUUGCAGCUCCGGCGGAGGCGCCCGCCGCCAAGCCGCCACCGAUUGGCCCCAAGCGUGGCACAAAGGUGAAGAUUCUGAGAAGAGAAUCCUACUGGUACAACGGGAUCGGAUCUGUGGUUGCUGUAGAUCAGGAUCCAAAUUCUCGUUACCCGGUGGUGGUUCGGUUCAACAAGGUGAACUACGCCAAUGUGUCGACCAACAACUACGCUUUGGAUGAGAUCCAAGAGGUGAAGUGAAAGAAGCUGCUUGCAGGAAUUGGUUUAAAGGAGCAAAUGUGUGUCUCGUUUUGUAUUAUAAGCUUUUCUCCUCCAAUCUAAAUCUCAUUCACUACUCUCAACCUUUUUAAAUUUCCUGGUGUUUUCUUUUACAUAAGUUUGAAGUUUGUAUUGGUAAGUUAUGGAUAUUGGAGUGCGGAUAUCUGCGACUACAUUUUCCGGAUAAAUUUUGAGAAAUAAUUCUCUAACCAA